UCAUUUGACAACCCUAAAAUAAGUGUGCAAGCAACUCAAGAACCCAAUACUCGCCAGGUCUACAUCAGUCAGGUGACUACUGAAAAGGAGUUCUUGGCACGGUCAAGUGAGCUACAAGCAGCUUUGCUAUCUGGUAAUCUCCUGGGCUACUGCCAAAAUAAAGUACAGACCUCUUCGCAUACAAUUGAGAAGAAUAUCUGGAACUUCCUUAAGGUUAACUUUGAACAAGAUGCAAGAGAAAAAUUCCUCAAGCUGCUUGGAUACAGCAAGGAAGAGCUGGAUAAAAAGAUCUCUUCUGCUUUGGGUGACAGUUGGCAAAACAAAAACAGCCCUUCAGAUGGUGAAGAUCUGGUUCAGAGCAUCCAGUCUGUAUCCAGUCAGGCUUCCAGCAGCUUCACUGGACAAACUGCUUCAUCCUCCUCAUCUAUGGAGUUUUUUAAUCUACCUCCACAUGAUUCAGCCAAGUUUGAGAUCCCAGUAUCAUCUGACACAGAUGGACUGAUAAGUCAGGCUCUAUUGAUGGGAAACUUUGAGGCAGCUGUGGACCUGUGCUUAAAGGAUGGUCGUUAUGCUGAUGCUAUCAUAUUGGCCAAUGCCGGAGGGGAAGACCUUCUGAGAGAGACACAGCAAUGGUAUUUCACCCGCCAGAAAAAUAAGAUCACUUCACUUCUGUCUUCUGUAGUCCAGCAGAAGUGGAAAGAUGUGGUCCUGGGCUGUAGCCUGCAGAAUUGGAAAGAAGCUCUAGCUCUGCUGCUGACUUAUUCCAAACCUGAGGAAUAUGCAGACCUAUGUGAUGCCCUUGGAAAUCGUUUAGAAUCAGAAGGAGACAGAAGUCUAUCUACCCAAGCCUGCUUGUGUUACAUAUCUUCGGGGAAUGUGGACAAGUUAGCAGAGUGCUGGGUCAGAACUCAUGAAACCUCAACACCACUUGCCCUGCAGGUA